AGGCCGAAUUUCUUCGCGACGGUGCCUGAGUACUUUCCAGCGUGUAGGUAGAACGCCGUGUCGUCUUCGACGACAUUCAGUCCUCGGUACUGGGUCACUUCGUCGGACACCGUGAGUGUUAAGUCUUCUUUCAGUUCCCCUUCGAACCAGGUAGCGAUGUCGGUAGUGGAGCCGAUGUAGAGCAGGUCGUCGACGUAGACGAUGAGUAGGAUAUACUCUCUUCCCUUCUGCAGUCGGUAUAUCCCUUGGUCAUGCGGCAGUUGUAGGAAUCCGAUUUUUGCGAGACGACCGUGGAGAUGCUGCUGCCAGAGCCGCGGGGCUUGCUUGAUCCCGUAUAGGGAUUUUGUCAAUUGGCAUAUUUUCGUGGGGUCGUUGAUGAAUCCGUGGGGUUGUUCGACGAAAAUCUCAGCGUCCACAGGUGCGUAUAGGAACGCAUUUGCGACGUCGAUUUGGCGUAGUGGUAAUGUCUUCGUGGCCGCGACGGCGAGUAGGAUGCGUAAUGAGGUGUGACGGGAGACUGGAGCGAAGGUUUCUGUGUAGUCGGUCCCGUAUCGUUGAUCGAAGCCUCGUACGACCCAUCGAGCUUUGAAUCGUUCGAUGGAGCCGUCUGAGUUGGUCUUAAUGCGGUACACCCAUUUUCCCGAGAGGACGUUUUUUCCGUUGAUGCUUGUUGCAGGUGCGGUGAUGCGUUGUUGGGAAGUGAUGACGAGGACAGCAGGUUGUGCAGGUGAACGGCAUGUGUCAUCGCGUCUGGCCACAGUGUGGUGGGCAGCCUCAUCCCCAGAAGCAGUUUUCGCAUUGUCGUCUGCAAGGUCCGGUUCAUGCGUUCUGCUACCCCCUGCUGCUGGUGAGCAUAGGGCAGAGACACCAGGCGUCGGAUUCCUCUUUCCGCCAGAUAGGUCCUGAAGCGUUGUGAUUGGUAUUCCAGUGCACCGUCUGACUGGAAGCUCUUGAGCUUGGUUCCUGAUUCUCGUUCGGCGAUGGGAAGCCAUGUGGUGACGGCCUCGAAGGCUUGAUCGCGCGUUUUGAGAUUGAAGUGCCAAACGUAUCUGGUUGCUGCGUCGAUGAACGUGAUGACGUAGUUGAAGUCGGCUUCGGUGUCUUCUCGAGGCAUGUUUAAAAUGUCGCUGUAGACCUUUUCCAUCGGAGCGUAAGUAGGUGCGCUUGGGUUGUGAUGAGAUGGGAAAGGUUGAUGAGGAAGAUCUGCUUCGGGGCACGUGAAGCACCGUGCUCGUGGUCGUCGAAGUUCUUGGCCGCUCGUCGUUAGAAGGGCGUUUCGUUCUAACACCUCUGCUUGGAUUGUUUGUAGUAUCGUGCUGUUUGCAGGAUGUCCAAGACGUUGGUGCCAGAUGUCGUCGGAAGCGCGAUGACCGGGCGAGCGGUGGUAGAUGUCGGCGUUGGAGAAGAACGCGACGACUGAGGCGGGACUUCGACAAACUUCUCGUGUGAUGGGCAUAAGCUGGUCUGCUUCGGUUGGCGGUCCUCGGGUCGCUGGUGGUGGGACUCGACUGGGUCCUGCUGCCGAUACUGCAGGUAUGGUUUUGGAGUGCCAGAAGCCAUCACUGUCGAAGUCAGGAUCAAGAUCUGGCGGGUGAGUCCAGGCGGCGAACGAUACGAUACCGUCGCUGUCGGCAGUACCGCGGUCGGGGACGAAGUCCAACACGAAG